AUGAAUCAAAAUGUAACAGAAUCAGACUUACGAGAUGAAUUUAAAAAUAUUAAAAAACAAUUCUUCGUACCUGUCGUAGUAAUACUGAGCAUCGUCCUACUCUAUUGUAUACUCAAAGUUAUCAGACUCUGCUGCAGUUCGAAACGAAGUUUCGGCGGCUACGUCAAAUUAUUUCUUGGCGAACAAGACAAUCAGACCGCUGAAAACGACGCUGAGAACGCGGAAAGGGAUGAACAUGAUGUCAAUAGUGAAAUAGAAUUCUAUCCGGAGCCCCCACCUCGUUACGAACAGCUGUUUAGUAAUGACUCGGCAUGUCCUCCGCCCUUGUAUCAAAGUUCAAAUCCUAAUGAUCGAAUCCGAUCUCAAACCAGCGAUAAUACACGUGAAGCUAUGCAAACACAAUUAUCGUCAACUUCUGUAAUUCCAUUACGAUACAAUGCUCAAUCAUUACCAGCUGAAACACCUGUAACACGUCAGAUUUACAUAACUGGGGGUGUACGUAGUAACAUAGGAUCAUCAAAUGGAAAUUUGCCUGAUGGCGCAUUUGGAACGUCUGUACCUCCUGUGGUAUUGAAACCACAAGAUGAUGACAUUCGCAUUCGUUCCGAAACGGUUCUUUCAAGUCGUGAGACUGAUCGCUAG